CGCUUCCAAUGCGAUAGUGUUUUUUUUUUCUCUUCCUUUUCUUCUUCUUCUUUUUUUUUUUUUGUGUGUGUUAUUAGGACCCUUGAUUGCUCUAAUACCUAGCUCUACCUACCUACCUAAUGACACCACGUUCCUAGGUAGCUGUAUCUCUAUCUCGCUCACUGGGCUUACGGGGUAGGUAGCUGGCCAUGAUAUCGUCUAGCAUCCCUGCCAUCGAGGGCAGAGCGCCAUCUCAACCCCAACCGCAAUCCGAUUCCAGACUGAGGAACUCCUAUUCGCCUGAUAUUGGCAAUUCGAAUACUUCGAAACCAAAGAGUAUAGGUAGCCGAAGCACGAAGCAACCAGGAAUCGAUACCCGCGUUGAAGACGAAGUUGAGAAUGUCAAUUUGCGCCAAGAUGAUUUCCCUGACUCCCACUUCACCGGCUUCUCAGAUGCCCAGGAACGGCGUAUCCGCCGGAAGGUAGAUUUUCGCCUUUGCACCAUCGCAGGAAUCCUAUGCAGCCUCAACCUCCUCGACAGCAAUGUUCUCUCGAGCGCCGCAGUCACAUCGAUGCUAUCGGAUUUGGGACUUGACCAGGGCAAUCGCUUUUCCGUCUCCAUCUUCAUCUUCACCGUAGCGAGCAUUAUCUUCCAGCUUCCUUCCACCAUUGCCGUGCGCACUUUCGGUCCCCGUAUCUGGUUCAGCUUGGUAACCUUCUCCUUUGGCAUCAUCACCCUCUCGACCGGAUUCGUCAAGGACUGGAAGCAGAUGAUCGUCCUCCGCGUCCUUCUCGGCGCCACAACUUCGAGCAUCUACCCCGGCCUCUCCUACCUUAUCAGCUGUUGGUAUCCACGUCGCGAACAGCAAGUCCGUUUUGCUUUCAUGCAGAGUGGCGAGGUCAUCAUUCUUGCCACUGGAAGCCUGGUCAACUAUGGCCUCCAGCAGCGUAACGGCGGCGCAGGCCUGGAGGGAUGGCGAUGGAUGUUCAUUGUGCAAGGCCUGUGCACAUGCGUGCUCGGCAUCGCGACGUACUGGUGGAUCGUUGACUUCCCGGAGAACUCACACAAGAGCUUCUGGUUCCUGACGCCGGAAGAAGCUGACAUCGCCUCGCGCCGUAUUGAAAAAGAUCGUGGGGAUCUCAUUGCCCAAAAGCUCAGCUUGAGGGCAGUUGUUGUUCAUGCCAAGGACUUCAAAAUCUGGGUGUUUGCCUGCCUCUUCUUCAUGCAGAACGUCGUCUCGACAGCUCUGGCGUACUUUGUCCCCAUUAUCUUGGAGAAUGGCCUAGGCUAUUCGCCCAACCAGGCAAUCAUUCUCUCGGCUCCGCCUUACUACUAUGCAGUCGUCCCGGUCAUCUUGUCGUCCUUGGUUGCUGAUCGGUUCCGGAUCAGGGGCCCGAUUAUCACCUUCAAUGCCCUUUGCAUGAUAACGGGCUUUGCUAUCCUUGGGUUUGCCGAGAAUUCCAGGGCUCGCUACUUUGGAGUGUUCCUCGCCACGGGAGCAUACGUAGCUAACUGGGCAGCUUUGACUGCCUACCAGGCCAACAAUGUGGUCGGACAAUGGAAGCGAGUGUUUACCGCUGCCGUGUGCACCAUGUUUAACGGUGCUGGCGGUAUUGCUGGCAGCUACAUUGUCCGCAAUGUCGAAGCUCCGAGAUAUACUACUGCUGUCUGGGUGUCGAUAGGGUCUCACAUCUUGAUGAUCUCACUCGUUGGUACUCUUACGAUAUACUUCUACUUCCGGAACAACCGGGCUGCGCGCACGAAUGGAGCCGUUGAAAGAACCGCCGGAUUCCGGUACACAUACUAGUUUUUUCUUGGUGAUCUAUAUACACUCCUCCGAUAUACCCAUUUGCCGAUCAUAUUCCCCCGAAUAUUAUGUGUUCAGAUGAUGUUCUGAAUACAAUCGUUAGUUUUUUUUUAAUCAUUUGACCUACCUCUAGAGAUACUUUUCGAAGACAAGGAACCUGGGCAUCUACUCCGUGUGCACCUUCCUUACACGGUAUUUGUUCCUCAAUGUAACAGAGCUUUAGAUCUCCCUUUAUUCACCUUGCCCUUUUAUAAUACCCUCAAGGUUCACGACAACACAACGCCGC